AUGGCUACCGCAACACAGACCGUCCCAUCGAGGAGUUUGCCAACAUAUCAGCAGGCCAGGGAGUCGAAGCAUGAGCGUAGGUUGGUCGAGUCAAUCUGUGACACUAUACCGACCUUCGCAGUGGACUGGGCAGACCUGGUGACUCUCGACCUGAGACAAUUCGAUGAACCAGAUGGCAAACAAAAGCUCGCCCAACAGCUCGCUGAUGCUGUCCACAAUGUUGGGGUUUUCUACAUCACCGGCUUUCCCCUAACGCAAGACGAAAUCGACCACCAAUUCGCUAUCGGAAGGGACCUCUUCUCCCUCCCCGACUCCGAAAAACUCCCCCAUCGCGCAAACCUCGAACAAGGCCACUACUCCGGCUACCGACCCAAGGGCACUAUCGAACUCUUCCCCGGCCUGCGUGAUAACGUCGAAAUGUACAACAUCUUCAAACACCUGCCAGAGCUGGAGCGGAGCCAUCCAGAUGUCAUCCACGAGAACCGUACCGCAAUCGAGAAGUUCCAACGCGUGAUUGCGGAAGACAUUGUGCAGAAAUUGCUGACGUUGAUUUCGAUCGUUCUCGAACUUCCAGAAAACUAUUUGUCGAACGGGCACCGCUACGAGGAUGUCAGUGAUUGUCAUUUGAGGUAUAUGAUCUACCGUGCCCGAACUCCUGAGGAGAACGAGAAGUAUCAGAAUAUCUACUCGAGAGGCCAUACAGACUUUGGUUCUUUGACACUGUUACUCCGCCAGCCGAUCGCGGCGCUGCAGAUCCGCAUGCCGGAUGGCAGCUGGAAAUGGGUCAAGCCGUAUCCGGGAAGCAUUACUGUCAACAUAGCCGACGUCUUGCAGUUCUGGACGGGUGGAUACCUCAAGUCGAGUGUCCAUCGUGUCGUUGCGCCGCCGGAGGAUCAGGCGCAUUUGGAUCCGUUGGGGUUGUUGUACUUUCUUCGACCCGCCCAUGAGCUCGACCUGAAGAUCGUCGAUAGUCCACUUCUGAAGCGACUCGGAGUGAAGAAAGAUGAGGAUGAGGGAGCGGGGAUUAAGGCGGGUGAUUGGGUUAGGAGGGUGAAGCAGAAUCAGGAUAUGGCUGUGGAGGGUGGGAGGAAGGAGAGGGAGGUGUUGGGUGGCGUCAAGGUGAGGUAUUAUGAUUGA